GGGGGCCGUGAAGAAUGUCCGCCACGAGCGUGGAUCAGAGACCUAAAGGGCAAGGAAAUAAAGGUGGGAAAACAUGAUGCACAGAUCUGUUGACUUUCCUUACUUGAUGUAGUCAGGACCAGAGCAAAGAAUCACCUGGCUCCUAAGGCCCAUGUUCUAUCUUGAUUUGACUCUGCUUCAUAGAGCAGAGGAAACAGGCGAAGAAUCAUUUACAGUACAAAACGGUUCGAUUCAUCAAAAAGAUGCUGUAAAUGAUGAUGAUUUUGAGCCAUACUUAAGUAGCCAGACAAAUCAGAGUAACAGCUAUCCACCAAUGUCAGAUCCAUACAUGCCUAGUUACUAUGCUCCAUCCAUUGGAUUUCCAUAUUCUUUGGGGGAAGCAGCAUGGUCCACAGCUGGAGACCAACCUAUGCCAUAUCUGACAACCUAUGGACAAAUGAGUAAUGGAGAACAUCAUUAUAUACCAGAUGGUGUGUUUAGUCAGCCUGGGGCAUUAGGAAAUACUCCUCCAUUUCUUGGUCAACAUGGAUUUAACUUUUUUCCUGGUAAUGCUGAUUUCUCUACGUGGGGGACAAGUGGAUCUCAGGGACAAUCAACACAAAGUUCUGCUUAUAGUAGCAGUUAUGGCUAUCCACCUAGUUCUCUUGGGAGAGCUAUUACUGAUGGACAGGCUGGAUUUGGCAAUGAUACUUUGAGUAAGGUGCCUGGCAUUAGCAGUAUUGAACAAGGUAUGACAGGACUGAAAAUUGGUGGUGACCUGACAGCGGCAGUGACAAAAACUGUAGGUACAGCCUUGAGCAGCAGUGGUAUGACUAGCAUUGCAGCCAAUAGUGUACCCCCAGUUAGCAGUGCAGCACCUAAACCAACGUCUUGGGCUGCUAUUGCCAGAAAGCCUGCCAAACCACAACCGAAACUUAAACCCAAGGGCAAUGUGGGGAUUGGGGGUUCUGCUGUGCCACCACCACCUAUAAAACACAACAUGAAUAUUGGAACUUGGGAUGAAAAGGGGUCAGUGGUAAAGGCUCCACCAACCCAGCCAGUUCUGCCUCCUCAGACUAUAAUCCAGCAGCCUCAGCCAUUAAUUCAACCACCACCAUUGGUGCAAAGCCAACUGCCUCCACAGCAGCCUCCGCCACCACAACCACAACAGCAACAAGGACCUCAGCCGCAGGCCCAGCCUCACCAAGUGCAGCCUCAGCAGCAACAGCUACAGAAUCGUUGGGUGGCUCCUCGGAACAGGGGUGCUGGUUUCAACCAGAGCAAUGGAGCAGGUGGUGAAAACUUUGGUUUAGGUGUUGUUCCUGUCAGUGCUUCACCUUCUAGUGUAGAAGUGCAUCCAGUGCUGGAAAAGCUAAAGGCCAUAAACAACUAUAAUCCCAAAGACUUUGAUUGGAACCUGAAGAAUGGACGAGUGUUUAUCAUUAAAAGCUAUUCUGAGGAUGACAUACAUCGUUCUAUUAAGUACUCUAUUUGGUGUAGUACUGAGCAUGGUAAUAAGCGUUUGGAUGCAGCUUACCGUUCUCUGAAUGGAAAAGGCCCACUCUAUUUACUCUUCAGUGUGAAUGGCAGUGGACAUUUCUGUGGAGUGGCGGAAAUGAAGUCUGUUGUGGACUAUAAUGCAUAUGCUGGUGUAUGGUCUCAGGAUAAGUGGAAGGGAAAAUUUGAAGUUAAAUGGAUCUUUGUCAAAGAUGUUCCCAAUAAUCAAUUACGGCACAUUCGCCUAGAAAACAAUGACAACAAACCAGUUACCAAUUCAAGGGACACUCAAGAGGUACCCCUAGAAAAAGCUAAGCAAGUGCUUAAAAUAAUUGCUACUUUCAAGCAUACCACCUCAAUCUUUGAUGACUUUGCACAUUAUGAAAAGCGUCAAGAGGAGGAGGAAGCCAUGCGUAGGGAGCGAAAUAGAAACAAACAAUAACUAUAUGAAGAUUUCCUGCUAGAAUUACAACACUAAUGAUGUAGACUCUGGAAAUGCCUAAUAAGUCAAAGAAGACGUUAUAAAGCUUUUUUUCUUGCUUAAGGUGACAUCUUUGAACUCUUUAACACAGAAUUGACUCUUCUUGUAAUGGUUUUCAUCAGCGCAUCUGCCCUUAUAUUCUCACCAAACACACUUGAGAACUGUAACUUCGUCAAGCACUUUCUGUCCUGAAGCUUUUGCCAGUAUCUGCUGUCUUUUGUAAUUAUGCAUCCUAGCUAAGGCACAGAAGACUGAAUGAAUGCAAGGAUUCAUUAACUCUUUGAAUUUGUUAAAUACUAACAGUUAACCAUUAGAAGUGGUUCAAUGAUGUAAUUGUCACACUGCUUCAACUUUUUUUCUUUGUUGUAGUUUUUAAAUUUCAAUUUUUAGCUAUUUGACAGAUUAAAAGCAAAAUAAUCAUGCCAUAUUUAGUCCUGGAGUUCAAGUCUAAAUGUUUAUGUGAAAAAUUAUUGUAGUAAACUUUUAAUAUGGCAAAGCAACCUUAAGCUCUAUUUUAGCCAAAUGAAACAUAAUCUGAAAUUAUAUUAGAACAUUUCCCUUGUCUUCAAACUGUUUGGUGUAACAGAAUAUUGAUAUGCAGCUUGGUGGAUCUCACCAGUUAAUGCACAUUCUUCUCCCUUCUUUCCCCAUUAAUAUGUAUACUGAAAAUGUGCAUUUGUCUGAGGAUUUAUUUUGUUUGCUACCACUUAAUGAAUCUCAAAAUUUUGAGUAAACGUACCUCAGUCUAAUCAGACUUUUUAUGACCUUUAUAAUUACAUUUAAAACCCUUAAUUCCUAUUUCUGGGUGUUUGCGAGCCUGAUUGCUAUCAUGAAGUAAAAAUUUAUAACUCUUAGGUAUUCACUAGCUAAAUAAACAUAGUUCUUGUUUAGCAAGUAUAUACUGUUCCUCACCUUUUUUCUCCAGCUUUUGCAGUGUCCUGGCAUACUUAAAAUACUUUGAAAAUAUGGCCUUGAUCCAUGGAUUAAAUCAGUAUCUAAGUGAAUGUGUUGAUGUUUUAUUGAUCAGAUCUAUAUAAAUGGGAAUACAGCAUAUAUCUGGAUAUUCAUAUAGUUAUCUUUUUAACUUUUUUUCAUUAAUUACAUAUCAACAUUAAUUUUGUAUCUUGAAACAAAUUGAUUUUGUAUAAUUAAAUGUGUUGAGCAUCUGUAUUAACUGAUUUGAUGGCAUAAGGUUAUGAAGAUAAUGUACUGCCCCUUAUAUUACUGUCCCAGAAAGAAAAAACUAUGUAGAAAAAUAUGUUAAGGGUAACAAUAGCAAUAUAGUAGAUUUGAAUACCUUGAUAUUUUGCAUUACUUCAUUUAUGUUUACAUCAUGUUUAGAAAUGUUUUCAUCUAUUUGGUCUUUGAUCACUUCAAAAAUUUAGUGACAGCUAUUUCUUUUAGGCUUUCAUUUAUACAAUUUUUUGUACUAUGUUUUCUUAAAAUGUACAAAUACUGUAUUCAAGUGAAAAAUAAUGCAGUAUUUGUAGAUAACCACAGCUACUUCACAGUUCUUUGGUUGUCCCAGUGUAGUUAUAUCAGUGUUUACUGAAGGGAACAUCAGAAUAGUAAUGGUAUAUUUCAAAAUAAAGACUUUCUUAAAGGAAAAUUGCACCUAUUUUCCCUUUUUUAAAGAGUAAGCCAUGAAAUCUUGUAACUGUCUAUAACUAUUUGUAAUGAAAAUUGGCAUUUGGAUCUAGUCACCACAGCAAUGUCCUACAUCCCUAGGAUUAUAUCAGUAGCACAUGUCAGAGAUGACUUGUCACACUGGAAGACCUAUCAGAAAACUGUCAAGGGGUGACCUUGCAGAAAGGAUCUGAAGCCUCUCUCUGAGGUUCUUUUUCUUGGUGCUUAAUUAGCAACUCUAAAUAUUUUUAUAAAACUAGUUAUGUUAUGAAUGGACUCAAACUUUACAUUAUUUAAUUUACAUUAUGUUUCUAUAAGAAAUGUCACAGAAACACUUAGCAAGCAGACCGAUUGCAAUAGCCGAUUUAGAAAUAGCGAAUGUAAUUGAGAAGUUCUUUGUGGUGAGGUGUACAUCCCAGUGCCUUUAUCUUGGAUUUUGAAUAUUAAGUGAAAUGGGUGCAGCAUUCCUUUGGAAAAUAAAACCUUUUUCUUUUUUCA